AAAAUAACCAACCACCAUGUCCCUAACACUCAUCACCGGCGCGACAGGCUUCAUCGGCUCGCAGGUUGCCUUGCAUGUUUUGCAAGCGGGCUACCGCGCUCGUCUCGCCAUCCGUCGUGAGGAACAAGCUGAUAAGCUUCGUCGGAUCUUUGCCAACUAUGAGAAGCAAUUGGAGUUUGUGAUUGUACCGGAUAUCACCGUUCCUGGAUGCUUUGACGAGGCAUUACAAGGUGUGGAGUGUGUUCUGCAUCUGGCCUCUCCAUUGCCCAAGCCGGGGAGUGAUGAUCUGGUUACUCCCGCCAAGCAAGGAACAGUCGCUAUCUUAGAGUCUGCGGCAAAAGUACCGAGUAUCAAGAAGGUGGUAGUUACAGGAUCUGUAAUAUCGCUAGUUUCAUUGGGAGAGCUCAAGGACGGACUGGUCGUCAGAGAGGACAACGAGAUAAGCUACACCCUCCCUCCGGACAACAUAAUCCCAACCCUCCCUCCAAUGGGCCAAUACCACGCCAGCAAACUCGCCGCCCACAAAGCCACCCUCGACUUCUACUCGACCACCAACCCCGGGUUCGACAUAAUAACCCUCCACCCCGUCUUCGUCUACGGCCGCAGCCUCGUCCAAGAAACCGCCGACCAACUCGGCGGAUCCUGCGGCUCGCUUUUCCAGUCUCUCUUCUCCGAGACGCCGAGCUCCCCGCAGUUCAAUGGCGUGCAUGUUGACGAUGUUGCGGAUGCGCAUGUGCGGGUUCUGGAUGACAGUGUGAAGGGAUUUAGGUCGUACUUGUUGGCGGCGGAGACGAGCCCUUGGGGGGAUGUUAAGCGUUUCUUGGAGGGGAGGUAUCCUGGGGUUGGGUUUGGGUUGAAGAAUGUUGAUGGUGGUGAUAUUAGUUAUAGGGUUGAUGCGGGCAGGGCGGAGAGGGAGUUGGGGAUUGGGUUUAAGGGGUUGGAAAGUAUGGUUGGGGAUGUUGUUGAUCAGCAGUUUGAGUUGAGGGGGACGGUGUAA